UUUCAAUCAAAAAUCAUGGUUCCGGCAUCAACAAACAAUGACGACAACGAACAAACAAACAAUAUAGAUAGUAACAGUAUACAUAUAAAUCGUUUUGAAGUGCCCGAAGCAGUUGAACGUGGCCAUUCAGCAACAUUAUAUUGUGAUUAUCAAUUAGAAUCACAUGAAGAAUUAUAUGCAAUAAAAUUUUAUAAAAAUAAUAUUGAAUUUUUUCGUUACGUACCAAAAGAAUUGACACCAAAACAAUCAUAUAAAUUAUUGGGCAUCUAUGUUAAUCUAAAAGCAUCAAAUUCGACACAUGUCGUCUUAAGUCAAACAAAUUUGAAUUCCGAUGGCCUAUACAUUUGUGAAAUCAGCACCGAAGGUCCGAUAUUUUCUACUGUACGUAGUGAACAAUUGAUGAAAAUAUAUGUUUUACCGGAAAAAAAUGUUCAAAUAUUGGGCAUUAUGGAUCAAUAUAAUUAUGGUGAAAAUAUUAGCCUUGUAUGUAAAGCAGGAAAAUCAUGGCCACCUGUACGAUUAGAAUGGUUUAUUAAUAAUUUACCGAUUGAUAAUCGUUAUGUUAUAAAUAUGACAAAUGAACGAUCAACAUCAACAUUGGUUACAUCACGUAUCGGUUUAAAUUUAGUGGCUAAACCAAAAUAUUUUCAUAUGGUUACCGGGUCAUUAGUAAAAAAUAAAAAUAAACGUGAAUGGUCAUUACAACCAAAUGUUCGUCAACCAGUAAUAACUGGAAUGAAAAAAAAUUUCCGUUUGGAUGAAAUUUUAAAUCUAAAUUGUACAACAACAAUGCAAAAUGCUCAGCUACGAUGGUUUAUCAAUCAAAUUCCAGCAAAUGAAAGUGAUUUAAUUCGUUAUGAUCAACAUCAUCGUCAUCAUUAUGAUACAUAUCAAUCGUUGACAAUAUUAGGCCUUUGGUUACGUAUGAAUAAACAUCUGUUACAAAUGUCAGAAUUACAACUACGGUGUGUAUCAUAUUUUUUCAAACAAAUUAGUCAAUUAAAUUCUACAUUAAAAAUUCGCACAUUUAAUCAUAAUAAUGGCGGUGGUGGUGGUGGUAAUGGUGAGCUAUGGGGUUUGGAUUCAACAUCAUCAUCAUCAUCAUCAUCAGGAUCGUUAAAUCGUUAUCCAGUAUUAGUAUUUAUACAUGGAGAAUCUUAUGAUUGGAAUGCUGGUUCAGUUUAUGAUGGUUCAAUUUUGGCUAGCUAUUCAAAUAUUGUUGUUGUAACCAUAAAUUUUCGUUUAGGUGUUUUAGGUUUUUUUCCAUCAUUGGGUGGAACAGCUCGAGGCAAUUUUGGUCUAAUGGAUCAAGUUGCAGCACUGCAUUGGAUACAGGAAAAUAUUCGUGAAUUUAAUGGUGAUGAAAGAAAUGUUACUUUGUUAGGUUAUGGACAUGGUGCUGCUUGUAUUAAUUUUUUAAUGCUUUCACCAAUGGCUAGAGGACUAUUUCAUCGUUCAAUAAUGAUUAGUGGUUCUGCAUUAUCACCUUGGGCCAUAGCAUCGGAUGCCAUCUAUCAUGCUAGAAAUUUUGCCAAAAUAUUGGGUUGUUUGGAAAAUCCACGAAUGGAAAAAAUGGUUCUCGAAUGUUUACGACAUAAAACGAUUGAUGAUAUUCUAUCAAUCGAUUUGAAAAUUCCAACACAUUUAACAGCAUUCGGACCAAUAAUCGAUGGUAUCGUUAUACCGAAUGAUCCACAAUCAUUAAUGUCAAAAUCAAAUCCACUAUUUGGUUCUUAUGAAUUAUUGUUUGGCGUUGUUAAAACUGAAUCAUAUAAUUUAUUUUCCAAUUAUGAUGAACAAUAUGGCCUAGAUCUUUCACGUCGUGAUCGUUUAUUACGUACAUUGAUAAGAAAUUUAUUCAAUUAUCAUCUUCAAGAAAUAUUCUUAACUAUAAUCAAUGAAUAUACUGAUUGGAAUCGUCCAUUUUUACAUCCAAUCAGUUUAUUUGAUUCAAUGAUUGAUAUAUUUAGUGAUUCAUUGAUUAUAGCACCAACAAUACGUACAGGAAUUUUUCAUUCAAAACAAUCACAAUCACAACAUCGAACAUAUUUUUUUACAUUUUUACAUCAAACUGAUAUUGGUACUGAUUAUCCAACACGAUUAGGUUGUAUUCAUGGCCAAGAUAUGGCCUAUUUAUUUGGUGCACCAUUAGUCAGCAAUGGGCAACAACAAUUUUCAUGGUUUUCAAAAAAUUAUUCACGUUCAGAAAUUAAUUUAUCAAAAAUUUAUAUAAAAUAUUUAACGAAUUUCAUUAAAACUGGCGAUCCAAAUCAAAAUGGAACCAAAAUUAUCAAUGAUAAUGAUCACGAUCAUCAUUCAAAUAGCUCAAAACAUUUAGAAUCAUGGCCAUUAUAUGAUGAAAUACAGCAACGUUAUAUUUCAUUUGAUAAUAAUAAAAUUACCAUUCAAGAUCAUUAUCAAGCACAUCGUUUAUCAUAUUGGUUUAAUCUAUUACCACAAUUACAUCGACCAGGUGAUUCGGAUCUAAAAGCUCAUCAUUUACUUGAGUCACAUAAUAAUAUUCAAACCUAUGAUGGAAUCAUUCGAUAUGGAACAUUAUCGGCACCAGUUUCAUUCAAUACUUAUUUUCAAUCAGAAGAUUUACAUCCAGAACAAAAUCAUUCUUCAUCGACAAAUUUUCAAAUAUUUCGACAACAAAAUCCACCACCAACGGAAAAUAAUAAUAAUAAUAUCGAUAGUCAAGAAUUAUUUUCAACAAAUAAUUUGAAAAAUAUUUUAAACGAUUCACAAAAUCUAAAUCUAAAUCCAGGUCAAGAAAGUAGUGCCUUAGAUUUGUUAAAUAGUGGCGGUAAUAGUGGUGGUAAUGCAUCAUUUUCAAUGAUUGUACAAUCAAAUAAUCUUUAUACAUGGUUAAGUUUAAUCAUAGCAAUUGGUUGUUCAUUAUUAAUAUUAAAUGUAUUAGUAUUUGCCGGUUUUUAUUAUCAUAAAGAUCGUAAUCGUUUGGAAACAAAAUUAAAUCGUCAUAAACAGGAACCAUCAACACUUAAUAAACAGCUCAAUACAUCAUCAUCAUCAUCAUCGAAAGCAUUCCAGAUUAAUAAUAAUAAUCCCAAUUAUAAUAGUAAUAAUAAUAUUCCAUUAUAUAGAAUCAAUUCAAUCACCGAUGAUUAUAAUAAACAGGCCACAUAACUCACCAACUUACAGCAUAUAUUCAGCAUUCAUCCAGAUAAACAAAGAUUAUUUAGAAAAAUCAAUUCAUACUUAAUCCUUACCUACCUACACUU